AUGGCACCCAAGCUGCCACCAAGCUGCGCAACCCUCCCCUCCACCUUCCUCCUCCCCUCCUCCUUCCUCCCCAUAACCGCCAAACGAGGCAUCAAAUACGGCUGGACGACCGCGAACCCACGCUCCAAACAUGGCCGCUUCAACCAGCAAACCGCGGGACUCCCCCAACUCUCGCAAUCCCCCGCCGCAGCCCUGGAGCGCAAAGCAAAAACACUCCCACUACGAACGGGCGUGCUAGCCAUCAAGAAAGGCAUGUCGGCGCUCUACGACCCCGAGACGGGGAUUCGCACGCCGUGUACGAUUGUCCAGCUCGAUCGCGUGCAGGUCGUGGCUCACAAGACGAGGGAGCAACACGGAUACUUCGCUGUGCAGAUGGGGGCCGGGUGGAAACAUCAGAGUAAUGUUACUCGAGCGCUGCUAGGGCAUUUCACGGGGCAGGGAGUCAGUCCGAAGCGGUUUGUGACGGAGUUUAGGGUUAAAGAUGAGAGUGGAUUGGCGAAGAUUGGGUCGUUGAUUGGGCCCGAGUGGUUCUCGGAGGGCCAGUUUGUGGACACGAGGAGUAAUUGUCGAGGGAUGGGGUUUGAGGGUGGGAUGAAGAGGCAUGGGUUUAAAGGGCAGGGAGCUUCGCAUGGGAAUUCGUUGGCGCAUCGGUUGAUGGGUUCGUCGGGGCCGUCGCAGGGUGGUGGUUCGAGGGUGCAUCCGGGGAAGAGGAUGCCUGGGAAUAUGGGCGGACAGCAGGUCACCGUUCAGGCGGUUAAGGUGUUGAAGGUUGAUGCUGAGAAUGGGAUUUUGGUGCUCAAUGGGUGUAUUGCUGGACCUAAAGGGUGUGUGGUUAAGAUUGCGGAUUCGAUCAAAAAGCCAUGGCCAAAUGUUCCUGGUAUUGUGGGAGAGGUUCCUAGGAUGAAGACGGCUCCUACGCUGAAGAAAGCUGUUGCUGCGUAG